ACUGUCGUCGUCGAGAAGCUCUGCGAGAACGGCUUCGCGAGCUACGCGGAGAAGAUGGUGAAGAGCUUGGCGAACGAGAUUUUUCCCGGCGAGAGAAUUUGUGAUUUGCUGAUCAUAGGAUGGUGCGUCGAUGGGAAGCUUGAUGAAGCGAAUCGAUUGGCCGGAGAGAUGUACAGAGGAGGAUUCGAGCUCGGAACAAUGGCGUUCAACGCGAUUCUCGAUUGCGUAUGUAAGCUCUGCCGGAAAAAGGAUCCUUUUCGGCUACAAUCGGAGGCCGAGAAUGUGUUGGUGGACAUGGAUACUUAUGGAGUUCCGAGAAAUGUGGAGACUUUCAAUGUGUUGAUCAACAAUUUGUGUAAGAUUAGGAAGACUGAGGAAGCCUUGAAGGUGUUUGAGAGAAUGGGAGAGUGGGGAUGUUAUCCGAAUGAGGAAACGUUUCUUGUUUUGAUCAGGAGUUUGUACCAGGCGGCGAGGGUUGGAGAAGGCGAUGAAAUGAUUGAUAGGAUGAAAUCCGCGGGUUAUGGCGAUAAGCUUGAUAAGAAGGCUUAUUAUGGCUUCUUGAAGAUCUUGUGCGGGAUCGAGAGGAUCGAUCACGCGCUGAGCGUUUUCCAGAAGAUGAAGAAAGACGGGUGUGAGCCGGGGGUCAAGACUUACGAGCUUUUGAUGGAAAAGUUGUGUGCUCAUAACCGAGUUGAUAAGGCCAAUGCCCUUUUCAAUGGGGCUAAGAAACGAGGCGUUCCGGUGACGCAAAAGGAGUAUCCCGUGGACCCUAGGUACUUGAAGAAGAAAGUUAAGGCUGUGAAGAAGGAGAAGAAGAGGGAGACGCUGCCGGAGAAGAUGGCCAGGAAGAGGAGGCGCCUCAAGCAGAUUCGAUUGAGUUUCGUGAAGAAACCGAAGAAAAUGACGCGCCGAGCAUAUUGAUCCGAGUGAAAGGGAAACAAAUGCUGCCUCCAUUGGUGAGCGGUCGAGCCAACGAGGAGCACCGGCAUGGUUGGAAGGCCACCUUGCAACCUUCUCUGCCGUCAAAGCGUCCCACACAACAAUCUGCUUAGUACAAACGACAGUCAGUUGCAAAUUUAAACAUUGCCAUUGACAGUUGGAUCAGAACUUAGAACAAGAAGCUUAACAAACCUCGUUGUUUAGCCCAUCUAUGCAUAGUACAAAGUCUUCAGUAUGAUUGAAAACAGCCUGCAAAUAAAAAAGUAUGAACCUAA